ACAACGUCAACUGUUGACAGUGACAUAAAGAUAACCUAAAAAACUUUAUAUAUUUAGAAUUUUUGUAUUUUGCUGCACAUCUGCUACUUUCAAAAUGAUGAAAAGUCUAAGUAGAGCACCAAACAUAGUAUCAAACUUGAAAAAUAAAGUUAAGUUUCCUGAUAGAUUUCAAGGCACCAUACUCAAGAAAUGGGCAGAUUACUGGAAGAAUCUAUUUGCAGACUAUCGUCAAAUGCUACAGGAUUUAAGGACUGAUAUUCAAGAAGACCCCAUAAAAGCAAUGAAAUGGACCGCAGGCUUGGGAGCAUUGUAUCUGUUAUCUACGAAUAACCCUGACGAACUCGAUUUUAAAGACUCUCUUAAGCGAAUAAACAACGAGACUGUUAUGUUAAGCCCUGAUUGUCUGAAUCCCAAAACAGUGGAACAUUUAUCGUAUCUAGAUACAUGCUACAACCAGGGUACGAUUCAUUAUAAAAGUUUGGGAAUCCUUUCUCUCAUGUACACAACUGACCUCAAUGAAACAUGUGAUUUGUACAAAGCAAAGUGUUCCUACUUACAACCAACCUAUGUAAGUUUACCUUCAAAGAUUAUUGAUGUAGGAAUAAUGGGUCAAUGGUGGAAUCUUUACAUAAAAACUCAUAAUUAUGAUGUUAAUUAAUAAAUGUUGUCAUGUAGUCUUUAUUAGUAUAUUGUACAGAUGUAUCGUUUUAGAUUGUUAAUAUAAUUUCAAUUGUAA